AUGCCGUCCACCCAUCGCCACAACCUCCGCGCCCCUUCCCGUCCACGACAUCUCACCACCUUCGUCUCCUCUUCAGCCUCAACGAGCAAUUUUGCCGACCACGAAACGCCUCCAGCCGCCCCACGUCUCGCUCUCACCAAAACAAAUCUCUGUGCUCUCGACAUUGACGACUCUCGUCAUGCACUCGAUCUCGUGCAGGUCCCACUCGCGCCGUCUCGUGCACAGCAGUCGGUCCCUUUGCGAGCAUUCCCGACACUGUUCUGCUUUGUCAACACGAUUUCAGUGCACCACACGACGCGAGCUCAGGCGGUUGCCGACACGUGGGGCCAGCGCUGUGACAAGCUCGUGUUCUUCAGUAACGUGACCGACACGAUCGUCGUUCGUGCAUACACAGCCCUCGAACGGCGCUUCGACGUCAUUGCGAUCGACGCGAUCGCCGAUCAUAACCACUUGUGGCAAAAACACCGGGCGACACUUCGGUACGUGCACGAGCACUUUCGACACGAGUUCGACUGGUUCUACAAGGCCGACGACGACGCGUACGUCAUUGUCGACAACUUGAGGCAGUACGUGACCCGACCAGAGAUCAUGCAGACGUAUGCGCGAGCGCCAAUGCAACUGGGCCACCGGUUUAACUUGACGCAAGAGCUCGUGAGCUACUACAUUGUCGACGACGCGCUGGAAGCUAUCUGGAGAACGAGAUGGGAUCGAUGGGUGUUCAACUCGGGGGGACCAGGGUAUGCCAUGAAUCGACUCUACUUGGACAAGAUUGUACACAUUUUGCCCGACUGGACGUGCUUGUCGGAUCGACACAGCGAAAUGCUGCCGGACGAUGCAUCCAUUUCGUUCUGCAUGAUGUGGCACAAUGUCUUUCCGUGGGACACGCGCGACCACCAGGGACGAGAGCGAUGGCAUGCGGAUCGACCGAGGGGCGUUUUUUUCACCGACCCGAGUCGAGUGGACUACUGGUACGUGCAAUACCAUCAGCAUCUUGGUGGCGUACGGUGGAAAGAAGGCAGCACAGCGCCCGAUAGCGUCGCUUUCCACUACAUUAGUCCCACGCUCAUGUACCAUCUCGAACGCAAGCUCUACUUCUGCCGCACAGGAGACGACGUGCACGACAUUGCUGCCUUCAACGAAAGGUACGGCUUAGCUCUGGGCGACAAAGUCAUGGCGUACCAAGAGGAAAGCGGUUAA